CAGAGAGAGAGAGAGAGAGAGAGUUACAGCCUUGCUUGCUUCCUUGUGCUAGCCACAGAGAGAGAGAGAGAGAGAGAGAGAGAGAGAGAGAGAGAGAGAGUCAUAGCCCCAUCACUGUCAGUGGGUACCUUAAUUAGCUUGGCUUGCGAGUAAGAACAAGGUCGCCGUCGCUCCGGACCGAGCCAUCCCCGGUCCAUCCACACAGUUGCACCGUCACGCUCGCGCCAUUACCACACCUGAGCAAGCCAAGCUAAGCUAAGGUUCCACGAGGCGCCCGCCGUCAACACUGUCCGUCCGCCAGAGCUCGUUGUAGCGAGCAAGCGGAGCAGGGUGUUGCCGGCGGGCAGCCAUGAGCGUGAGGCCACCGUCCUCGUCGACGGCGGCCGCCUUCUACGCGACGCUCGCGCGGGGGCUCGACGACCUGGACCGGUCGCUGGCGUCGUCGUCGCAGGCGGCGGCGUUCCUGUCGCUGCCGUCCCUCCGGGCCGCGCUGGCGCUGCUCCGCGCCGCGCACGCGGGCCUCGCGCGCCUCGUCGCGUCGCUCCACCUCCCCGGCGGCGCCGCGUGGCUGGACGAGUACAUGGACGAGGCGUCGCGACUCUGCGACGCGUGCCGCGCGCUCCGCCUCGGCGCCGCCGCCGUCGAGAGCUACGCCGCCAGCGCCGCCCAGCUCGCCUCGCUCCUCCUGCAGGCGCCCUCCAGCCCCCACCUCUCCCGCCAGGUGGCGCGGGCGAUCAGCGUGUGCAGGAGGGAGGCCAUGGCGCUCAAGGAGGAGAACCGGGCGCUUGUCGAGGCGCGCGCGGAGGCGCUCGCGCUGCGGCUCAGCGAGGGCGUGCCGGCCGACGCCAAGCUUGGCGGCUUCAACGGCUUCCGCGGCGUGCUCUGCGCCACCAGGAUGCUCACCUCCUUCCUCCUCACGCUCCUCUCCUGGGGCGUGCUCCACUACUGGCCCGACGCUGGGGGCCCCGGCGCCGGGGACUGCGGCGCCUACUUCGGCGCGGCGUUCGCGUCGGCCCUGUCCCGCGCGCAGCAGCGGGCGGCGGCUGAGGCCGGCAGGGCGGCGGCCGCAGCGGCGGGCGGCGCCGGGGUGAUGAUGCACGAGUUCCGGCGCGCGAGGGCGGCCGUGGAGGAGGCGAAGGAGGCCGUGGACAGGGGCGGCGACGUCGCGGCGGCCGCGGCGGAGGUGGGCCAGCGCGCGGGGCUCCUCCGGUCCGGGUGCGAGGACAUCCUGGCGCUGAUCGACGACCUGUUCGACGAGGUCGUGGGGGCGAGGAAGGAGCUGCUCGACCUCUGCAGCGGCAGCGGCAGCGGCUGACCUAAGCAGCUGCACAGCAAACACCAUGGCACGAGCUGCCUGCAUUGCAGCGGCAGUAGCAAGUGUCAGGACGAGAAGCUCUGGUUCUUGGCUUCUUGUGUCUUCGUCGAGUGUCUCCUGUUGCUUCUCUGUAGCUCGAUCUCGUGACAGUCCUUGGGCAUGUCUGAUUAUAAAUGCUUUCCCCUGGCACAGU